CUAAGUUCUCAAUUCGCAGAAGAGAUAAAAAAUACGAAUAAAAUUGGAGCAAAUAUCCGAGCAGAUUGAGGUUAAGUAUUUGUUGACAUGUGUACCCUUGUCCAGUUCGAUGAGCGCUGAAUUAGCAUCCUGCUCGGGCUCGCCAGAUCCAAUUUCAUUGAAAGUAUUCAUCCUCCCAGCACCAUCAACACCUCAUUCUUCCCACAGAACCCCUAAUUUGUUAAACUAACAAACGAAUAGAAUUGAAAUAAUUCACGGGACCGUUCACAUCAGGGGUGAAAGUCUUGACCAAAAUCAGUCCACCCAGAGUCGCGUGUUUUGAUGCAGAGUGCGCCAGGUGCCGACAUAACACAAGUGGAUGGCCCACAAGACACAAGUAUAUAGUCGGCUUGGUGAAGUUUGUAAACACAAAUAGAAAUUAAAAAAUUGAGGAUAAAGUCGUGAAAAGUUGUUUGUAGCGUGAAAAUGUGGCUGAAGUUUUGUUAUCCAAGUUCCUCAUGAUAUUUGCAUCACUGACAGAUCCACAGACUCGUGAAUUCACUGGCGAAGGAGUGAGUUAUCUCUAUGAGGAGGAUAUCGCUGAAAAAAACUCAAGAUAGUGAUGACGAUUUUACGUAGACUGUGGAUAAUCGUAAUCCUGUGCUCUCUGGUGACGUCCAAGAGCCCAGAGGCCAAGGACGAUGGAAUCGUCGAGUGUCAGGUGGGUAGAGCCCUCAGUAAGCAGGUUAAACCCACGCCACUGGGUGGAAUGUGUCUCAAGGACAUCGUAGCAGCGCUAUCGCAGGUUCUCAGAUCAAUUGGCAACGAUGAGCUCGGCCUCACCGAGUUCCAGGAGAUGCUGGAUAAACUGGACUUUGUCAGCAUCACUGAUGAACCUGGGGAUGCGCUGAGAACACUCACUGACAGUAUCAAUGCUAAGCUGGAGAUUUUUUUGGAUAUUUUGGAGAAAAGCCUGAAUCUUGUGGUUCCAAUUCUUGAGAGAGAUGCCUUCCAUGGGGAUCAGGGUGAAGAGAGACCAGGGGGAAAGAGUCGCAGGGAGAAAUCCAUGGACUUGUGCUCUCAAGUUGAAAAUGAGCUCGCCACAAAGUUAAAAACCCCCCGCUGGAAGCACCUCCGCGUCCUCCCCUUCCUCCACCGUCCAGGAGUUAUUUGCGGCCAGGCAGGACCAGUCCGCAACAUCGGUUCAUUAUUUUUAUCCCAGUGCGACAGACCGAAGAACGUCAUUGUCCUAAUGGAGCACGGAGCCUUCAUGUCCGAGGAGGACAUAUCCCUGGCGCGUGCCACUGCCAAGACAAUCGUCGACAUGCUCUCAGACUCAGACUCCGUAACAAUAAUCGGCCUGGCAGGUCGAGGUUUCGUCCACUGUAAAAAUGGAUUAGUCAAGUCAACAGAUGUCAACAAAUUCCAACUGAUCAGGCGAAUCGACGCGACGAUGCGAACAGACUCCAACGAGUCCCUCACAAUCGACUUCGACGGCUUGACCCGCAACGUCUCAGGGAACGUUGUAGUCGUCCACGUGACCAACACCCUGAAAGACAUCUCCAACGUGACAAAAAUCAUAGAGACAAUUUCCUCGAAGCAAGUGACGGUUCACCUGCGAACAGUUUUAAUCCUCUCAAACCUGAAGCCCCACAUCGCAGUGGAGGAAACCUCAGUCAACUCCAGUAUUAUCACCCUCCCCACCCACAACAUCCUGGGGUACGACAUCGCGAGGCUGUUCUCCACCCUGGAGUGCCCCACGAUGAACAAGAAGGACUACUACCUCUCUGACUCGUACCUGGAGACCUACCCCUACGGAAAAAUGAUGACCCUGUCCAUCACCAGAGUCACCGACACCGCCCUAGUCUCCCUGGACGUCAAACUCCACGAAUUCGUCAACGAGAUCACCUACUUCAACGCCGGCUCCCCAACGCGAGCGAUUCUCUUCGACAAAAAGGGAAUUGUUCUGAUGCACAAAAGCUUUCCGAGGAUCGAGACGCUGUCAGAGCAGCCGCUAAAAGUUUACCUCAGAGACAUCGAGAACAUAGACGAACAACUAGUGAUAGAGAUGAUAGAGAGGCCAGGAGGACUGAUGGGUGUGCUCAACAAAUUGGGGAUAAAUGUCACUGUAAGAUGGAAACACCUGAAGUACCUUGAUUUAAUCGUCUGUGUUGUAACAGAGGAGAGCGACUCCCCACCCUCCAGACCGGUGGCUAAAUUUCCCCCUCAAUUACCUGAUAAUCUUCUGCACCAUCGAUUGGACACUGUCUCCCUCAACUCAGCAGACUUGUGUAAUUACAAGGGACACAUUCAGAGUCUCUCCCAUGCGGUUGUCUACCUCUCCCAGUGGUCCCUAAGACCGUCUUUGGAGGACGAGGGUAAUCGAGUGACACCCCAGAGCUACAUGGCAUACAUCAAAGACACCACAGGAUUACUGGCGAAUCCUGGGUUGAGUGCAUCAGUUCGAAGAGACGUUGCAACAAUUUCCCAGAUUCUGGGGCACUUAAAGAAGAGACACGAGAAGAGUUCCUCGGGGAAGUUCAUCGUGAGGAGGUACGUGACAGCAGUGGAGUCUGGUGUGGUCGAAGUAUUCCCAGGAACCUCUCUGGAGUCGGGUUUCGACCCGAAGCGAAGGGUCUGGUACACAAAAGCCCUCGAACACCCUGGGAAAAUAGUCCUCUCAGGACCCUACCUCGACGCAGCUGGGGCUGGCUACGUUCUCACCCUCAGUCAAACCAUCUUCGAGGGUCGAAGGGCUGCCCUUCACGCCCAGAGUGAUCCCAUCAUUGCUAUUUCCUCGAUGGACAUCACCAUGGGGUACAUGGCUCGACUCAUCAAGGACAUGUUGGCAUUCUGCAACGACUCCACAAUUAGGUGUUUCCUGAUGGAUGACAGGGGGUACUUGGUCUCUCACCCAGCCCUGUUCGAGCCUGGGACCCCAAAACUCCUCCAGCAGCAGCACCUGACUCGCCAGGAGCUCCUGGUCUCCCCCGACAUCCUCAACCACGAGAUGUUCGUAAAGAAGAAAGUCUGCGUGAAUCACCUAGACGGAACAGUCCAGAGGUACUACCAAUUCAACACCUCCUUGGACCAUGUUCUCACGAAUACUAUCCAUGGGGAGCACUGUGUGAAGUAUCAGAUGGCAGCAGUUCCAGGGACGAACCUCUUCUUCGGGGUUGUCAAUGAGACGUGCGCACUGAAGGUGUUCUGUCCCUGCAGUACGAUGGACAGAACCUGCCUGAACUGCAACAGGAUGGAGCAAACAGUGUGCGAGUGCCCCUGCGAGUGCUCUUUGUAUGCAGAUGGGUGUCAAAGGGCCAACACGAGCAGCAGCUUCGAGCCUUGUGCUCCAGCGUUCGAGCAGGGAACCUCCAGGAACGAUCCCUCGACCUCCCACUGGGGGAGAUCCUCACUGUACGUCCAGCAAUUGGGCAUUGCCCAGUGUCCAACGCCUGAUUGCAAGGGUUACGAGACAGAGAGUGACUGUCUGGGGAUCUUCGGGUGCCAAUGGUGCUCCAUUGAUUCGGAUGGAGAGUCCUCGCUGGCCUCUCCCUUCUGCUCGGAUGCUUAUCUCUGUUUUAAGGGAAUCCUAGGGUCGUUAUUUCCGUAUGCAGAUGGUACUUAUAAUUCUCAGUCCAUGGGAGAUGCUGCUGGGAAGGAGUGGCCCUCAGUGGGGCCAGUGGCAGGGGGAAUUCUUGCUGUUGUUUUGAUCUUUGGGAUCAGUCUGUUCUGCUAUCGACUUCACAGUGUGCAGACUGGGCUGGAGCAUCAGUGCCUUCAUCUUCAUGGAUCACCAGACACCCUGAGGAUGACUCAUCUCGAUGUGGGCCUGGGGGGCAGUGGGAGUGGCCGAGAUCCAGAGCCAAUUGAGCUGGACAGGUCGAAAAAUCAUCUGGAUGCACUGCUGCAGGAGAAUGGACCUCCUAUAUCGCCUUACAGGGUGACCACUAAUUACAGGAGGCCUGCUGGGGGUGACAGUGAUCAUGGGUACAGCACCAUGACCCCUCAUGACGAUAAUGAACAGCAGUCCUUUGCUGAACCACUUCUACUCGUUGGGAGUAAUGAACCGGAGUUGGUGAGGAGAUCGAUUGUCUCGUCACCCGCGCCAAUCACUUGCCUCGAGUCCCCUCAUCGGGUACUCGCACCAGUCACCGUACAUCGGAAUAUGGAGACUAAUUAUUGUUAGGUUUAAGGAAAUUCCCAUUCAUUCCCAAUCAUUCGUUCGUUCACUAGACCAUUGGUAGGAGUUAGUCAUUCUUUCUUUAGCGUUUUAAUUCGACAUGCAAUCUGGAAUUUUUUCAUGUACGGUAGUGAAGUUUAUUGUGAACUUUAUGGAUAGUGUUUUUUAUAAGGAUGAGGUUUAGGACGGGGAGGUCUUGGAACAAGUGCCAAUGAACAAUAUUUAUAAUGUAAUAAAAUUCCGAACACAGACUGAGGGAGAGGCGAAAUUUUGUAAAAUAUUUUUUUAAUACGGAUACAGACACAAUUUUUAUAAUGAUUUUUUUUACUAUGAGACAUUUUAUCGAGAGUUUAUAGUGAUGCAUUUGUGGAUGGAAACGUCGUAAACGUUUUAUUGUACUUUUUUACUUGAUAUUAAAAAAAUUGACGUGAGGAUGGC